AUGAACCGUUUUACAGCGGACUAUUCGUCCAGCAUCAAUUCGACUCCUGGCAAAGAGCCCCAACGACCACGCGCGAAUCUGUUCGCUUCCAACACCCCCCAGCUAGCCAGUACAACUCCUAUCGCACCUCCUCCCUCCCAGAUCUUUGGCAGCUCGUCUUUCGGCACCGGCGUAAGCAAGCUACAGUUUUCCAAGCCUUCGAAAUCGUCCCCUCCACUACGCUCUCCACAGUUCGACUCAUACGAGGAGCCGCGCACGAAGAAUGGAAGCCCAGCCAAAGAAACGGCGAGACCGUACCACACUUCUUUUGGGUUAUCGCAGGCCUCGGAAUAUACUGAGCAAGAUGACGCGGAAUACUCAGAUGAAGACAUGGAAGAGCGAGGGAUGGAGGAUGAGACAAACCAGUUUCGCUUCUCCCAGGGCUUUGAGCGUGUGAAUGAGCAGUCGGCAGCAUCACUCAUGAAGUUCAGCACCAUGAGUGGAAACAACCGAGAAUCGAGACUGUCGCAGCAUCAUAGAUCUUUGCGGACCUCCAGAAUCUCCGCUCUGCCUAACAAAGGGAAUGAAAAUAUCGUCAUUAGUCUCGCUCAGAACAUCGCGACCAGAGCACAGCCAGCCACUCUAGCAGAGCCGGAUGAGGUGAUCUUACAGACCGAGCAACUUCUUCGCCAGCUGGACGAGCAGACGCAGUACUUGGUUGACAGCAAUAGAGCCCUUCAGGCCGUCUCUGAGAGGGUCUUCGAGUUGAUCUCUGUCUGGCGUCGCUUCAUUGAGAUAGACCGCCCUGCGCUUGAUAGCAGUGAGAUCGGUCCACAGCCUUCGGCGCCCUCUUUCACGAAAGCCAAUUAUCUGGCGUCACUGUUGCUCGCUCUUCGUCAUCCUCCUGCUUCUCCAAAUGGCACGCCGGCUCCAAUGCCUCAACUUCUCCUGGAGUGGCUCGACGAGUACCAUGUCUCAUACGACUCACUGUACCACUCUGUGUCUUCAGCUCGACCCAGUUGCGUGUCUCACGACUUGUUUUGGGAUGCAGUUCAAAGCUUAGUACUGAGGGGCAAGCUGAACAUGGUUAUGCAGUUAUUUGCUGAUGCCGAUUUCCGAUACGCUGCGUCUGCAACAGAGGAGGGGACAGACGAGAUCGGCUACAAAGGCGCACAGCUCCAAGCUGUCCAGAGCGCCAUCUAUCGCGCGAGAGUUUUACUCAACUCUUGUCCUGUCGUUCAACUCGAAGAUUGGAACGUGGCUGGUCCUGAUUGGGAUUUGUUCCGAAGCCAAGUAGAGGCGGAGCUGGAGAAUUUGACAGAUCAAGCUUCAGCUCACGAAGACCUUGAAGACGAUGAAUCCUUUGAGGCGGAGAAUUUUGGCUUGCGCAAACCCGGCAAAAAUCUCCUCGCUAAGCUUGGGCAAAAAUCGAAGUCGACCCUGCCAUGGACGAUCUACCAGAACUUGAAAAUCAUUUACAACAUCAUGCUCGGUAGUGCUGAAGAGAUUGUUGCUCAGUCACAGGAUUGGCUUGAGGCUGCUACGUCUUUGACGGUUUGGUGGGAUGGCACUGCAAAUGCAUCAGUUGCACAAUGGAGUUUCGACGUCAGCCGAGCUAAUAACUUGAAUGGAGCAAAUUUCAGCGAGGAGGAGCUCUAUCUGGCGCGAUUGCGAGACUCGUUUCUCAGCGUGACCGAUCCCAAAGACAAAAACGCAUUCCAGAUCAAUGCCAUGUCGCCUGUUGAGGUGGGUUUAGCCGCGGUGCUCCAGGGCGACAUUCAAGGCGCUCUUCUGGUGCUCCGUGUCUUGUCCCAAUGUGUUGCUGCUUCUGUGGCCGAGAUUGGGUCGAAAGCUGGUUGGUUAGACACCGACGGCUCCGCUUCUCGACCAGUCGGUUUGAACGAUGAGGAUCUCAUGGUGCUCAGCUACGGCGUGAAAAAGCCAGCUCUGUCCAAGGACGAUAUCCUUCGAGGCUAUGCCGAUCAGCUCUUCGAGAAGGACAUCUUACGACUCCCUGACGGCACUGCCAUUGAAGGUUGGGAAGUAGCAAUCUCGGUCGUGACACGCCUGGAUGACCGUGAGGCCAUGCGAAAUGCUGUUGGUGGUUUCCUUGACCAGCUCCAGGUUGUCUCACAGGAUCGAGCCGAGAAGCUCACCAAUCUGUGCUCAGACCUCGGCCUGCAGGAAGAGGCUCGCAAGGUUUCGGAUCGUUUUGGAGAUCAUCUCGUCAACAACACCACGGAAUACGGCACGGCUCUGCUAUGCUAUUCACGGAGCCAUGCGCCGCAUAAGAUUCGUCAACUGGUUGAUCUGCUGAUCAGCUACUCCUUGGUUCAGUCUCGGGCGUACCCGCCAGAGAACGAGAUGGACGAUGGACUGCACAGCCUGGUCGGAAACCCCAAGUCCGCUCUGUCAGAUAUUGCCGAAGCCGAUCCUCAAGCGGCGGAAAUUCUGCAAUUCUACCUUGUUGGCUAUGCUUGUCUCAGACGGUUCUACACGUUACGCGACCAAGACGUUCUUGACAUGAAGCCUUCCCAUCAUCUCAAACCUCUUGCUCGUCGAAGAGCCGCUGCAAAGGCCCUUGUCGCGGCAGUCAACAGUGCAGCAGACAGUAUCUAUGGAGGCCUUUACGACCCUGAACGUCAAUCUGCCAUCCAAGUCGACGGACUUCUCACGCUCCUUGGCGAGGUUACUGCAUUGCUCGCCGACGGUCAACCGUCAGGGAAACCGGUAUUGACCGCGACGCAGAUCUACUCGAUCCUGGCUGCGAUCGAAGACCUUUCCACAGUGUCGACGCGGGUGUAUGUAGCUACGGAAGAAUGUUUGCAGGCAGCACUGCGCAACUAUCACGGCUCGCAGCCUCCAAGUCCCCACGCCAUGCUCAAAAAGAGCAUGUCGUCCGGCACGAACUCGGCGUUCAGCUUCAGCAUGAUGGGCUCGGAAAUGCUGGCCAAGAGUGAUCUGACCAGCACGGGCACCGGUGGCAAGAGUGCAGGAAGUAGCGGUGUGCUCGUCCCCUCCCAAAACAACGAUGGACCGAGAGGAUGGGACUGGCGCGCGAGGUUCAAGGGCAAGGACGUGACCGGCGCCGAGGUGGUGAGGACACUGAGAAUAGGUUUGGCCGAGGAGUUGAGCCUUGUCGAGCUUGACAAUCGGCCCUGA